CAAAAUAUCAACAAGCUCUUAUUUGAGCGAACCAUAUUUAUUAUUCUAUUGCGAACAUUGCUGAAUUGGUUAACAGAUUUAUACCGCUCACUAACCUGUUGUUUUUUUUCCAUGAAACUUGCAUUAUUGAUUGUCGCAGUUUUUAUAAAUGCUUGCGAAAUUACUCCUCAGUUUAUAACGAGAUGUCCAUAUGUGAAACCUGUCUACGUCACUGAAUAUCUGCUGAGUGGCAGGUGGUAUAUGGUGAGGAGGUCUCUCGCCUAUCCGUAUCCCAACCGGCUGGUGAACUGCAGAUGGGACAUCGGUUAUGACCCCGACUGCAGAGCACUCGACAUGGCCACACAUUACGACCACACUGGUUGGCACUUCAAUAUGACAGUGACUACCUGUCACAAAUCGUACAUCAAAUCCACACAAUGCAAAUCGGAAAUGUUUAGACUCUACAAACCGACAAACGACAGAACAAACUUAGGCUCAUUCUACCAAACGACUGAACGAUUUUGUGUUCUCAACCCUUUUUACCAUCUCAAUCCAAAGCAGGACCACAAAACCGUUCACACCAUAAAACAAGCAAAUUUUCACAUCCUUCACGUGGACAAAGAAUUUGUCUUGGUUUAUUCGUGUGAAGUUUGUAAAGGUAUUAUGGGAAAAACGGAAGAACUGGCUUUUGUUUUGUCACGUGUCCCGAAGCCAGAUUUGAAGAAGGUCAAAAACAUUGAGGCGAAACUACUUCAGCAUCAAAGUAGAAUGAUGAUGCAGGACACUUAUGUGUCGGCGUGUGAAGACAGAGUGAUUGAUAAUGCGGAAAAAAUUAACACUGUGUUUGACAAAGGCCUCAAGUGAACUUCCGGAAAUUAUCAAAAACCCGAUGUCGCAUACAGCUAAAAAGUUUUUAUUGGUAACAAUGACAACAGAAACUCGUUCUUAGAAUUUUCCAAGCUUUGUGAUUAGUGAGCGAUUGAAGUUUAAUUGCGUUUCUGUUUGUAAAGAGCUUUUUUACUUGAAAAAAUGCAUGAAAACUAAAU